AUGAAGCAAAAGCAGAGCAUUCCUCUUUCCACAUUUCAAACCCACCCCUCUCCCCAAUCCUCCCCGGUGCUCAACUCCUCACCAACCGAGACGGAGACCGACGACGAGGCCGCCGGACGGAAUGACCGGCGGCGAAGGCAGCACCAGAGCCCGACUUCGAGCACCACCGACACGCCAACCACCUCCUCCAGCGCCACCAUCAACCUCAGCCGCGAGUACACCCUCGCGAUGCAAACCAACUCCUACAACGAAAUCUGGGCCAAAAUCCACCCACUCGACGGGCCGGAAACCGCGGAGUCGUCCCCGGCCCGAUUGGUCGGGCGGGUCCUCCAGCCGGACCGCGCCUCGAUCCGGGAGGCCCUCGGCGCCGCCCCGCCCACCCACCUCACCCGCCUCGUCUCCCACUACUUCGACAGCAGCGAGACCACCUCCGCUCUCUGCCUCUCCCUCCACCGCGCCGUCGAUCGUGCCCGCAAAGUCUACGCCCCCAUCACCAACCUCUUUGAUCUCCUCCCUUCCACCUCCACCUCCCUCUCUCACCCCGGCCCCCUCACCCCGGCCCAGUGCGACCUGGCCUUCGACACCUUCCUCGAAUUCGACAGCCUCGACAACCCCUUCCCCGCCCCCUCCGCUGGCUUCCACGGCAUGCGCCGAUGCUUCUCCGAGCUCCGGCAGCAGCUCGAGCGGCGGGCGAGGGAGAACAUGGCGCAGCUGGACGCGGCGGCGAGGGGGACCUACGUGCUCAACAAUGAUUUGGAUACGAUCGAGAGGCUGGUGGCGCGGCUCCACGAGACGGUGGAGAGCGAUAAGAAGCUGGUGCGGUUGGGGCUGGAGAGGGGGCGGGGGCAGCGCCACCCCAUCGAGGAGGUAGUGCGGCAGCUCCGCAAGAACCACCCGACCUUCCUCCACCAGCUCCGGGACCUCGACGAGCACAUCUGCCUCUUCUUCGCCGCCGUCAACCGUGCACGGUCCCUGCUCCUCCAGCAGAUCCACCAGCAUCAGCAUAAAUCUACCAGCGUAGCUACCGACUCAUGA